UGAACCUAGUCCGCAUAACGUGUAUAAACUCGUCUCGUCGUGAAUAUUGCUAACCACACAAUACAAAAAAAAUAGAAUUCUUUAUAAUUUAUGUAUGAGAUAGAAUUUAUUUAAUUUUUUUCUACGAAAAGAAAAAACAACGAAAAAAAAAUUCUGCUGGCAUACAAAACAAAGCGAACCGCGGUAUCAUCACAACACAGUGUAGAAAAGUAUGUGUGUACAUUAAAAUCAUCAUGAUCAUCGCUGACGGUUUGUACUAUAAACCAAGCGAGAAUGAAUAAUGAAGAAAAAAAAAAAGAAUCAAGUAAAUAAAAACAAAAUAAAAUACAAAUAACAAAUCGAAACGAAUGAAUAUGUAAUAAUAAACACCAAUAACAACAACGGCAACUAAUGAUACCUUAUAACUCGGUUUCAGUAUAUCAGCGAAAAAUUAAACAACAAUAACAAAAAAAGUAUAAUUCAAACAUAUCUAUGUAAUAAUGUAAGAUGUAACGAUAAAUAAAAAAACCACACCACAACUAGCCUUUUAAACAUAUCAACUUAAGAAAAUAAGUAAAAACAAAACCAACCAUACAUAAUCAUCGUUGUUAAGUUCAUAGAACGAAAUAUUCUUAGAAAACAACAAUAACAACAAGUACCACACAACAUAUCAAACUAAGCAAUUAUUCGCAAUUGUGUGAAUGACAACUAAAAGAAAGAGAAGAAACAACAAAAUCGAAAAAAGGAAUCCAUAAAUCACCACAACAAGCAGCAAACUGGAGACACAACCUUUCAACAAUUAAAAAAAAUCGCAAGAAAAAUAUCGAUGGUCUGUCGUCUCAUCAUCGAUUUGGUUUCGUCGAAUCGGGAAAACAAAAAACCCAAAAAAAAAGAGUCGCGAUACUAAAAACAAAGAAAAAAGUGUUCAGAGUUCACCCAUAGUUCGUUGUCGCCCAUAGUCGUCGUCGUCGUCGUCGUCUCUCAUUGUUCGGUAGUGUUGCUAAAAGCAAGAAUUCGUGAAAUAGUUGGAUCGCAGUUCUCCUACUCGGGAUUGACGUAAAUUUUCAUUUUGAAGCCAGACCAAAUCAUAAAAAAGAGAGUAUUCGAUUAUGUGCGCGCUCAUUUUGUGUAAAGAAAACAAAAAUCGCGAUUGCCUAUGUUCUGAAUGUUGAGCAAGAAGUGCCCCGCCGCACAAAGUGUCCAACCAUAGUGAAGUGAAGAGGUCGAUAACGUAUGACCAAUACACAACACUUUUUUUUUGUUUUUUAAACAAAAUAACAAAAAGUUGAAACAAAACUUUUGCACCUACCAACCAGAAAGCAAAAGUAACGCAAAAAACGGAGAAGGACAACAAGCCAGAAAUUAAACCACCAUAUAGUCAAUGUGAAUAAUGCAAAUAGGAUAAGAUCGAUGUUACCUCUACAUUUAAUGUCUCUCCAUGAAAUUUCAAAGCGAGAAGAAAGAACUAUGGCGUUAUGCGUCAAAAAAACCAGAAUCACCAAAAACACCUGUACUGGGGACGAACAGAUCUGUACGUGGGUCGAACAGAACUGUACGUGGGACGAACAGACAGUGCCAUCCACUUCAACACCUCCCUCAACACGAAACACAUCGGCGGCAACUAUUACUGCGUCAGGAAGAGGAGGAGCAGCAAAAUUAUCCUCAGAUGUUAUAUUGCGACGUUUCUUGCGAAAGCUCCAACUCGUUGUCAAUGAGGCCACAAGUGAGUACACCACCUCCGCCGUACAGUUCGGUGGCGGCAUUGGAUUGUUCGAUGGUGCCACAGUCUUACCAGCAGCCGAUGCUGAUGUUUCGCCAACACCAGGGCUAUGCCACCACAGAUGUCGAAACGGAAACUUCGCUCUCGACAACGGAAACAUCGCUUUCGGAAACCGCUUCCUAUGGCCGGAGACAAACACGCAGCAGCAACAACGCUGGCUACAACUACGCAAAUACUGGCGACAUGAUGCUCGUCGACGAUUGCGAAAAAUUGAACGAGAGCAGUUCAGGCAGCAGCAGCAGCACCUACCAUUUGCCGAGGAAAAUCGAACAGACUAUGGCAACCAGCCAACGACGUUCGAUAUCCCGUACAACUGGUACAACGAUAACAGCAUGCUCAGCACCAGCUGCCAACAAUACAAGCGUAACCUCAGUAACAGGCUGUUUAGCAGCCACCGCUGUAAAAUUCCUAAUGAAUUGCUGUGGUGUCAGUUUUGGCUCAACCAAUUCCGUUGCCGCUCCUUCCAACACAACAAGUCCCAGUCAUCAAGCGAACAACAACAACAAUACCACCUGCAACAAACAAAACUACGAAAGCUCGAAAAAGAUUCCGGCCAACAAUUAUCCAGACAAAGAUUAUUUCAAUGCUUUUACGAAAAAACUGAAUUCACAUCAAAUAUCAUUACUGCUAAAGGCAGUCAAAUCUCGUCGCGAACCUGCUGCAAAAUUAGCCCCACUGAGUGGGGCAGGCUCAUCCGAGCGAAGUUCCAUGACCAUGACGCAUCAAACCAAUUGUAUAUUGGUACCUCGAGAACAAAUACUCGGCGAAGAACCCAAUGUGAUAGUAUGUCGUCUAUUUUUAUGGGAAGACUUGAACAAUUCCUCACAACUGAAACGCUUACCGGUAUGUCCGAACGAACGCGACCCAGUGUAUGUUUGCUGCAAUCCAUUGCACUGGUGUCGCAUCCUCGAAACAGAAAGUGCCCCACCCCCGUAUCAAAGCCAAAGGAUGAACAGAAACGAAGGAUUACCUUUUCAAAACUACGGCAACUCUACGUCUUUCGGAAGUUCAGAAGCCGACGGCAUUUCCAGCAUACGAAAAACAAAUUCCAAUAUCUACGUCCGAAUGGCCGAAUCACUAACCACUGACGGUUUAGAAAGUCGUUGUUCACGCAACUGGUGCGAAGUGGCCUAUUGGGAGUUGUCGCAACGUGUGGGUGAACUUUAUCCCGCUGAAACACCAACCAUAAAUAUUUUUUCCGAUAAACCUAAUAGCAGUGAUAAGGGUCAAAUUGAAGGUAUGUGCCUGAAAGACCUCAUAGAGAAACGAACUUCACCAUCGCCCAAUGAUGUACAAACAACGAGACAGAAAAUAGGUUUAGGUGUUACUCUAAGUCAGGAGAGCGAUGGUGUUUGGCUAUACAAUCGUUCGACAGCGCCAAUAUUUGUGUACUCACCCACCUUGAUGGAUAGUAUGUCCCGUGUUUGUCGUGUGGAACCAGGAGACUGUUUAAGAGCCUUCGAUAUAUACAAGGCUCAUUCCUUAGAUUAUUCCGACCAUGGUCCCGGCAUUCAAACAGGACCCAUUGAUAAUUUCAGCAUGCGCAUUAGUUUUGCCAAAGGCUGGGGUUGCACCUACAAACGACCGGAUGUCACCCUUUGCCCCUGCUGGUUGGAAGUGCUCUUUCGUCAACAACGGUGACAGCAAUUUGAAAUCAAAUAUGGACAAAAUUUUGUUGUAUACCAACACAUGGUAUUGGACUAUGCUAAGACAACUAUGAUGAUGAUGGCUGCGGCAGGCACAACUUCACCAACAACACCACAACCACCAAUGCGACCACUAUCCGCCACAGAUUUCAGUGGAAGGAUUCAAACUACAGUGGCAAUGGAUGCGAAGAAGAAGCUAAAGACGAGGAAUUGUAUGGCUGGCCUAAGCGGCAACAGCAAUAAAAAUAUGAAAUGGUCAUGUCCUUUCAAAUGCCAAAGGUAUUCGUGCAGUAGGCUUUUGCAAACUUUUCAACGAACCCUAGUCAAACUGAUUAAAAGCCUAUACGAGCAUAGCCUAGUGGCCAAGUAAUGUAAGGCGAUAACAAAUAGCGCCACCUUUAGCAAUCCCUAAGCAAAAAGGAUUCUGUAAACAAAACAAAACAAAAAAAAACAUCAGCAACAAACACAAAGUAAAACGAAGGAAAUCUUAGUGAACUUAAACAAAACCACAACAACAACAAACAACAAUUGAAACAAAAAUAACUCAAGGACUGGAUUUAAAAUAUUAUUAUAUAUGCCUAAUUGAAUACAUAUAUAUUAUUAACAAUUUUUUUUCUUUUGUAUUGAAAUGAGAAUUAGACAGACAUACAUACUACCAACAUACUACUAACUAUGCUACACUGGGGUUUAUAUGUAUGUGCAUCGAUACAAUAAGCAAAGAGAUACGAAUAGAACAUAAUUUUCAUAUAUAUACAACAACCACAACCACAACUACAACAACAACUAAACAUACAAAGAAUGAGAGAAACAAAAUUAAAGUCUCCUACAUAUACACGUGUGUAGUUAUAUGCUAAAUAAAGCAGAUUUUUUUACUGCUAAAACAAAACGGUCAAACUGUUAUAAAUGGAAAUCCUGUGAUCCACUAAGAAACAAAAGUUUUUUUUUUGAAAGUAUAUAGAAAAACAAAACAAAAACUGAAAAAAUCAACCCAAAAUCAAAAAAAAAAAACACAAAUCAUAUAUAAAUUUAGGUUUUAAGUAUUUAAAAUCGACCAAACCUAUUAUGGCAUACCGCUUUUUCUUAAAAAUCACAAACAUCUAAAAAAUCAUUUUAAUUGACCUUGUGUGAGCAAACAACAAAAUUGUUAAAAAUUUUAAAUGUUUUACUUAAAAUUUGGGUGUUAUUUUUUUUUUUUUUUUUUGAUUAUAGAUAUUUCAAUAAUGUUGAGCAACAAUGUAUAUGAGACAUAUAUAUUGGGUUGCCCAAAAAGUAAUUGCGGAUUUUUUAAAAGAAAGUAAAUGCAUUUUUAAUAAAACUUAGAAUGAACUUUAAUCAAAUAUAAUUUUUUUACACUUUUUUCUAAAGCAAGCUAAAAGUUACAGCUGAUAACUGACAGAAGAAAGAAUGCAAUUACAGAGUCACAAGCUGUGAAAAAAUUUGUCAACGCCGACUAUAUGAAAAAUCCGCAAUUACUUUUUGGGCAACCCAAUAUAUAUUAUUUUAUUGAAAAAUUAUAUCCAGUGAUAUCUUAAAAAUUUUAAAUAGGUCACUUAGUUUUUUUUAUUUUGCAUAACACUGUUACACAGAUGCGUUUGAGGGGUGGUUUAAGCCCAGAUAUCAGUGUCAUUGUGAAUGCCACUGAAGACAGGUCUUAAAGCUCCCCUCACGAAAGAAAAUAAAAGAAAACUAAAAUAAAAAUAAAAAAAUUUUAAAUAAAAUAAAAUUAAAUAAAAUAUAAUAAAAUAAAUUGCAAAACAAGGCAACAUAAAUAAAAAAUUAAUAACAAGAAAAAAAAAAAAAAAUAAAAAAGGAAAAAAAAUAAACUAGCCCUCAAUAGGGUAAAACAAUAUUACCCUAACAUUGAUUAUGUGAUAAACGAAGAAAUGAUACAAAAUCUGCUGGUCAGAUAGAUGGAUUCAGCUCCACAUACAAGCCCUUAAAACAUAUUCUAAUGAUCAUUAUAAAUUUAAAUUAUAUAAUUAUUUUUUCUUGUCUGCUACACAUGGUGGUCACCGACAAAUUCCUCCUCGAUUUGAAUUCAUUCAGAAUUCGCAACGAAAAAAUAUAUGGAAUGGCUGACGUGUUCUAAUAAUUGCGCCCUCUAGCGGCUCAAGAAGUCAAGAUCCGAAAUCGGUUUAUAUUGGAGCUAUAUGAAUUUAUGAACUGAUUUGAGCCAUAUUUGGCACAAUCGUUGAUGAUCAAACCAAAACACUUUGUAAAUUUCAGCCAAAUUAGAUAAUAAUUGCGCCCUCUAGCGGCUCAAGAAGUCAAGAUCCGAGAUCGGAUUAUAUGGGAGCUAUAUCAGGAUAUGAAACAAUUCGAACCAUACUUGGCGCAGUUAUUGGAAUUCAAAACAAAACAUUUCAUGCUAAAUUUUAGCUAAAUCGUAUAAUAAUUGAGUCCUCUAGCGGCUCAAGAAGUCAAGAUCCGAGAUCGGUUUAUAUGGGAGCUUUAUGAGAUUAUGAACCGAUUUGAACCAUACUUGGCGGAGUUAUUGGAAUUCAAAAACAAAACACUUGAUGCAAAAUUUUAGCCAAAUCGUAUAUUAAACUCGCCCUCUAGCGGCUCAAGAAAUCAAGAUCCGAAAUUAGUUUAUAUGGGAGCUAUAUCAGAUUAUAAAUCGAUUUUGACCAUACUUGGCACAGUCGUUGGUGGUCAAACAAAAACACUUAAUGCAAAAUUUCGGCCAAAUCGGAUAAUAAUUAGAGGAUCACGAAGUCAAGAUCCGAUAUCGGUUUAUAUGGGAGCUAUAUAAGGUUAUGAACCGAUUUGAGCCAUACUUGGAACAGUCGUUGAUGAUCAAACCAAAACACUUCAUGCAAGUUCUCAGCCAAAUCGGCGUCCUCCAGCGGCUUAAGAAAUCAAGAUCCGAAAUCUGUUUAUAUGAGUGCUUUAUCUGUUUAAAAACCGAUUUUGACCAUAUUUGGCACAGUUGUUGAUGGUCAAACAAAACACAUCGUGCUAAAUUUCAACCAAAUCGGGCAAGAAUAGCGCCCUCUAGAGGCUGAAGAAGUCAAGAUCUUAUACAAUGAAAAGAGCUAAGAAGCUAAAUAUUAUGCAGGGCUGAUACAUUUUGAACAUUAUCAUACGUACGUCCAAAUUUUGUAUGAUUUGAGGAGACGCAUGGAAAAAAAUUAUUCCGUUCAUGGAAAGAUUAGUGUUUAACGAUGACUCGUGAGUCAUGAUUUUCGCGUGAGUAAAAUGUAUGGCUCUUGAGCGUGCGUGAACGUGAGUCGACAUAAAAAAAAGUCGUGCGUGAGUAACACUUUUUCUCGUGAGCAUGCGUGAGUGAAAAAUCACCCACGCUCACAUAUCUAGUUCAGACAUCAUUUAGAAUUCUUUCAGAACGGCUCUAAUAAAAUCUUGUCGGAAAUUUUUUUCACAUUUGUCUGACAUCAGACAUUUGAUUCGCUGGGAAAUAGUGCUAUACCACACAAAAAACACUAUUACUAAUGCUCAAAAACUCUGUGCCAUCGGGAUAGUUGGGUAUACACAAAAUGCACAAAACGAAUUAUUGGAUUACUGAUAAGAAUAUGCAGUCAUUUUUACCUUCCCUCGCUGGUUUCAUUGCGAGUCUAGAUAUUUUUCUCAGAGAAUAGUCAUCUAUAAAAUCCUAUUUAGGUGAUUAUUAUUUUUCUUUUUUCUAAAAAAAUGGUUUGAUUUUCAAUUAUUAUUAUUAUUUUUUUUUAAUAUUUUAUUUUUUUCUAUACCAUUCAUGCAUCUAAAAAAUGAUCAUAUGUGAACAUUCUGUUAUUUUUAUGUUGAUAUGCAUCAUUUUCUGUUUAUUGUUUUUUAGUUAUUAAAAAUUUAUAACAUUAUCAUACAUCGAAAUUGACUUAAUUUGUGCUUCUUCAACUUUUUUCUCAUUUAAUGUUUUUAAAAUUAUUAAUUUCUUUCUAAAUUUUUUUUAUUUGGAAAAAAAAACUAAAAACAAUUUCAAAAUUUUCGCAGGAAUUCUUAUUUUUGUUUUUUCUCCUUCAAACAAACAUUUUCGAAGACUCACUUGCAUUUCUGACCAAUCGAAAUGCAAAAAUGAGAUACUGUCACCUGGAACUCUUGAUGAGUUUAAGAAAAUAUUUACCUUAAAUGUUGUCAAUAGUGUAAACGUUUUGAAAAUCAAACCAAAAUAAUAGAAAAAGAAAUGGUCAUUGAAAAAUCCAAAGAACAUACAAUAAAAUAUUGGAGGCCACCAUGGCGCAAAGCUUAGCAUGUCCGUCUAUGAAGCCGAACGCCAAAUCCCGGUGUGAACAUUGGACAAAUUUUCAGCGGUGUUUUCUCCUUACUAAUGUUGGCUACAUUUGUGUGUUAUCAUGCUAUGUUAAGACUUCUCUACGAAGUGGUGUCGCUAUGUGGCACGCCGUUCUAACUCGGCAAUAAAAAGGAGGCCCCCUAUCAUUGAGAUUAAACAUUAAUGGGACUUAUUGCACUUAUUGAUAUGACAGAAGUAUCGCUUGUUCCUUUAUGAGGAAUGUUCAUGAAAAAUUAGUAGUAGUCUUUAAAAAUUUAGAUAUUGAGCUGAAACUUGGCUCAGUUAUUUUUUUUAACCAUAGACAGAUUAAGUUCGAAGAUGGACUAUAUGUAACUCCAUAUAAACCGAUCUCCCGAUUUAAGGUCCAUUAGAAACCGCAUUUAUUACCCGAUUUUGCUGAAAUUUUACACCGUGAGUUUUCUUGGGACCUUCGACAUCCGUAUUGAUUACGGUCCAGAUCGGACUAUAUCAUGAUAUAGCCCCCAUAUAGACCAAUUUCCCGAUUUAGGGCUCAAGGCCCAUAAAAGUCGCAUUUAUUACUUGAUUUCGCUUAAAUUUGCUAUAAUGAGUUGUUUUAAGACGCUUAACAUCGAAUGGGUUCCACAUCGGACAAUAUCUUGAAAUAGCCCCAUAUAGACCAAUCUCUCGAUUUAAAGUCCCAGACCCGUAGAAGCCGAAUUUAUUACCCGAUUUCGCUGAAAUUUGACAUAGUGAGUUAUCUCAGGACCCUCCCCAGAUGCUUUAUAUGGCCCCCAUAUAAGACGAUCUCCCGAUUUAAGGUCCAACACCCAUAGAAGUCGCAUUUAUUACCCGAUUUCGCUUAAAUUUGCCGCAGUGAGUUGUCUCUGGACCCUCCAUAGUUUUAUCGAAUAUGGUCCAGAUCGGACAAUAUCUUGAUAUAGCUCCCAUAUAGACCAAUCUCCCGAUUUAGGGUCUAACACUGGUAGAAGCCGAAUUUAUUACCCAAUUUCGCUGAAAUUUGACACAGUGAGUUGUUUUGGGACCUUCGACACUCGUAUUGAAUAUGGUUCAAAUCGGACAAUGUCUUGAUAUAAUUCGCAUAUAGAAGGAUCUUCCGAUUUAAGGUCUAAGAACCAUAGUAGUCUCAUUUAUUAUCUGAUUUCGCUAAAAUUUGGUACUAUGAGUUGUUUUAAGACCCUUGACAUCCGAAUCAAAUAGGAUCCAGAUCGGACAAUAUCUUGAUAUAGCCCCUAUAUAGACCGAUCUUCCGAUUUAAAGCCGAAUUUAUUACCCGAUUUCGCUUCAAUUUGAAACAGUGAGUUGUCUUGGGACCUUUGAAGUUCGUAUUGAAUAUGGUCGAGAUUGGACAAUAUCUUGAUAUAGCCCCCAUAUAGGCCGAUUUUCCGAUUGAAGGUCUAAGACCCAUAGAAGUCGCAUUUAUUACCCGAUUUCGCUUAAAUUUGGGACAGUGAGUUGUUUCUGGACCUUCGAUAGUCGUAUUGAAUAUGGGCCAGAUCGGACAUUAUUUUGAUAUAGCCCCCAUAUAGACCGAUCUCCCGAUUUAAGGUCUAAGACCUUAAGAAGUCGCACUUAAUACCCGAUUUCGCUUAAAUUUGGCACUGUGAUUUGUCUCUGGACCCUCGAUAUUCGUAUUGAAUGUGGUCCAGAUUGGACAAUAUCUUGAUAUAGGCCCCAUAUACCCGAUCUGCCGAUUUAAGGUAUAAUACCCUUAGAGGUCGCAUUUAUUACCCGAUUUCGCUUAAAUUUGACACAGUGAGUUAUCUUGGGACCUUCGACAUCCGUAUUGAAUGUGGUCCGAAUCGACCAAUGACUUGAUAUAGUUCGCAUAUAGAUGAAUCGAUUAGCAACUCACACCUUUCGUUGAUAUCUGAAAUUCCCAAUAUCUGAUUGUUGUUGUUGUUAUACUUACAUUUUCAUGUGGAGGUGGCGAUCCUCGUCAAGCUCCUGUUGGUGAGCAAGCUCAUUCCGCUCCAAAUGACCGAUCGCCGCGGGAAAAAGGUGGCCGCUGGCUAUUUAGAGCGCCAAUAACUCAUCUUGUCACAGCGAGUAUCAUAGGCACUCAGUAUUUGUGCAAGAGCCGAUGCCCCCCGACCUCUUGCUGAGACUCCGCUCGCUAUCGCUGAUUGUCCGUGACUGCAGUUGCAGCUACUGCGUAUUCCACUAUCCGCAACUCGUGGAUGCGCCCGGUAGCUCACAGCUAAGCUUCUUGUGGCAGCAAUGAACACGACACAGAUCGGACCUCAAUGUUCCAGUCUAUGUGGUGCUUGCAGCUAUCCCGUGCCGAGAAGAAUUGUAUUACAUAUCGGUGACCAAUUUUUUCACAUUUACAAAUUCAUUGAGGUCAUUUAUUUUUGAGUACUACCAUAAAAAAACUUAAAACCGUGGCGACAUGAAACUUGAAACUUUAACACGAAAUUUUUCUCGAAAGAUUGCCAAAUUUCGAGAAAAAUUUCAUUUUUCCUACAACUACUACCGCCAUCUACAACAGUGGCGACAUGAAACUUGAAAACUUAAACUGAAACUUAAACAUAAGUUUUAAAAGAUUGCCACUUUUCAGGAAAAUUGUAAUUUAUUCUGCAACUACUACCGCCAUCUAUAUGUCAGGUCCGUUACUAUUAUGACCACCCUCGUAAACCGGUAAACACAAAGUAUUUUAAGAAACAGUUGAGAAAAGUUUUCUUUUUAUUUUACAAACUGUAAAUUCCCGUAAAUAUGUCUUUCUUCUUUUAAAAAAUUGUGUACAACGAAAAAUUUCAGAUUUUCUAUUCAAGUAUUUUCCUUUGAUAUAUGAGUAAAGAAUAUUUUUUAUAUUGUAAAUUUGCCUAUUAACAUUCCAUUAAGGAAUAGGGGCAAACUCCCUCACAUAUACAGUGGCACAGAUAUGUCUACAUACAUUUUUAUAAAUAGCAGUUAUGUAAACUGACAGCAGCGUAUGUAGGAUAAGAUUUAAACCUAAAAUUGCUAACAAAUUAUAAAAGAGGAAAUCAGGAUAAACAAUUUUAACAACAAUAGACUUUUGCCUAAAAGACUUUGUCCUACAAUAAUUUUGUUUUGUAAAAUGUGUUUUUGAGUGGGGUAAGUAGGCUUUUCGAAACCGUAUAAGCGAAACACUAAAAAUUCAUAAAUUUGCUUUCACUUAUCCCUAGUUAUCAUUUAAGCGUAGUUCGGAUAAGUGAAAUUAAUUUGCUGUUAAGCGAUAUAAGCAUAAGUGAAAGCGAAUUUUUUUGACAACAUACCAAUUGUGUAUGAAAUAACUUGAGUUGAAAAAGAGCAAUGCUUAGGAGAAGUCUUUAAAAGUCAGAGACGUGAAUAUGUCCAAUUGCAGAUAAUUUCCCAUAGUAAUAACUUUUUCACUUAUGCAAUAUCAGUUUCAUAUAAAAAUGGAAUUUUGGGUGUAGAAACCUUUGCAGUUUAGCCGUAUUUUCAGUUAAGCGAUUUUUCACUUAAGCGAAUUCAAUUGCACCAAAUAUAAUUGGUUCUUCCAUCAAGUUUCGCUUAAGUG